UGAGGGGCGCAGGAGGGGAGAGCGGAGGGGUUGUAAGGCACAGGUGAGGGUCAGCAGUAGCGGUGUGUGGUGUGUGUGACUGUGACACGGUGGACGAGUUCACCUUUUUCUUCUCCUUGACACAACUUUGUACAGUUUGAGAAUUCUGCCAGCAUUACUCCGUAUCAUUAUCAUUACUAUUAUUGGAUAAAACAAACAUGGCUAGCCGUAGAGAAAACAAGGGCUUCCACCUCGACAGCCUCGCCCGAGUCGUCCGGUACACUGCCCUUAACGAGUUUCUUGCCCUUCCCAUUGCCGGCGCCGCCCACUUCCUCACGCUCGACUCCUCGGUCAAGUAUCUGACCGCCCUCUUCACUCACGCCAACCGUCUCGGUGUCAAGCUCAACCCUCGCGACCUCAACCUUCCAAAGAUCGCACGCACUGCCCUGACCCUUGGUCUUGUUGGCGCCGCUUACUCUGCCAACGAGUUCCUCACAAAAUGGACCGCCAACAACUGGACGCGCAACAAGCCCGGGGAGUGGAAGACCCUCGACAAGGAGAUUGUUCUCAUCACUGGGGCCAGUAGCGGCAUUGGCGAGCACACAGCUAAGAUGCUGCUGGCCUGGCACAAGGGUGUAAAGAUUGUCAUCGUUGACUUUGCUCCCAUGUCCUGGGAGCCAUCUGCCGCCGAUGCCUCUCGGGUCUUUUACUUCCAAGCCGAUCUCAGCAAACCCGAGGUUGUGCGCUCUGUUUCGAAGCGCAUCAAGAAGAAGGUUGGCCAUCCAACUGUCCUGAUCAACAACGCCGGUCUUGCCCGCGGGUUCAGCGUUUUGGAAGGAUCCUACGCCGACGUCGAAGUCACCAUCAAGACCAACCUUCAAGCUCCGUUCCUGCUCAUCAAGGAGUUCGUCCCGCACAUGGCCAAGACGAACCACGGUCAUAUCGUUACCAUCUGCUCCAUGAGCGCUGUUGUUCCCACGCCGGGCAUCGUCGAUUACUCUGCCACCAAGGCUGGCGUUCAAGCGUUACAUGAGGGCCUGGCGCUAGAACUGAAGCAUAGACACAAGGCCGACAAGGUCAGAUUGACCAACAUUAUUCCCAACUUCAUCCGUACACCAUUGCUGUCAGGAGUGCCCCGUCAGUCGCAAUUUGGAGCGCCAUUGCUUCACGUUGAGACGGUGGCCGAGACUAUUGUCAGACAGAUUGAGAGCGGAUAUGGAGGUGUUGUGUAUUUACCGGGAAUCAUGAGAUACAUCACUUGUUUGAGGGCGCUUCCUGAGUGGGUGUACACAUAUCUCAUCCGAAAUGGCACAGUCAACCUCGCGGUUGGAUUCCAGGGGCGACAGAUCAUUGACGAGAACGGAGGCUUGAGGGCCGUCAAGGUUCAGAAGGCCGAAAUCGCUGAAAAGUCUGACCGAUCUGAAGCACCUGAGGUGCCCGAGAAGCCCGAGAAAUCCGAGGCAGCUGAGAGACCUGAGAAGGCCGAAAGACCUGAACGCCCCGAAAGAGCCGAGAGGAGCGAGGCAGGCGAGAGACCUGAGAGGGCUGAGAGGGCUGAGAGGUCUGAAAGGUCUGAGAGGGCUGAGAGGGCUGAGAGAUCCGGCAGAUCGAACAGAGCCGAGAGAAGAGCAAGAAACGAGAGGUCUGAAAAAUCAAGCUGAGUGAGCUGAUCAAGACAAAAAAAGAAUAAAAAGCGAAAUGAAAUCAACGAAAACUGAUGAUAGAAUUUCACUGAAGUUACUAGAUAUGAUACAAGAAUGAUACCUACCACCACAUUCAUCACCCA